CAGAACAAGACUGUCAUCAAUUUCAGUUCUACACUUGUAAGGCCUAAUUGUAGAUUGUACGCAAUGUCUUGGAUUCGAAUUUCUCACGUACCACUCGCUUUACUUCUGGUAACAAUAUACCCGGAAGGCGAUUGCUUCUCAGAUGGCACAAUAGGCAGCAUUUCUAAACAGAACGACGAUUUCGAUAACAUGACCGCGCCGCUUUGCAAGUUCAGAGCUCAUGGGAAAAGCAGGAAUCAUUUCGACGUAGAAUUUCACAAAUCAAACCCAACAUUCGUGAAAUUCUACCUGAAAAUACGAGGGACAUCAGUCGUGGAAUCGAGUCACACCGACGUGAUAUUGCCUCACCACUGGGUCUGGACAUACUCAACCGACAAGUCGAGCUAUCCAUAUUUAAGUUGGUACAUAGACUACGGUUUAGUUUCAUUCCACCUGCUCGAUGCACGAACACUCGAACUUCAUUAUUUGACUCUUGAUGUGAUACCGGAUAAACGAACGCAAAACUGUCGAUUAAUUAUUGGAGACAACGCAUCAAUGAUUAAUGUAGCAAAUGCAUUAUUUCAUAUUGUUGUAAAUAACACUGACUUGCAUCCAUAUCGAGAACAUUUCUUCUGCUAUCUGACAGAAAUUCCAGAAGUUGACAAAAGCAUAGCAUAUUUGUCAGGACUAUACUUUAAUUUUCCAACUAAUGUAUUUCAAUACUCGUGUUGCAUUUUUAAAUUUUCUUACAGAAAAGGAAAAUAUUUGAAACCGAAAUGUAAUGAAAAACAGCAGAUAUGGAACCUCUGCACAUGUGGGUCAUAUUUUACCGGAAUCAUUAUACUAGCGUUUUGUCCUAUUUUCCUCUUUCAAUUAUUAAAAACAGUAGGCAAAGACGAAAUAUGUCAGCCAUAUGACUUCGACUAUCUCACCGAUGCUCCUUUAACAUUGUGUCAAGAUAUACCAGAAGAGGACAACUGGAUAUUUCUAGACGGAAAACCAACUCUCACACUAUCCGAUCUGCCUUCACGGCUUCUAUCGGGCUUUAAAGAAAAUCAUAAGUUAACAUAUUCGCGUCUUAGCCGAUUAUUGUGUUUGCUUAUUAUCCCAGUUUUGCUUUUUGCGAGGAUGCUAAUGUACAAAGAUGGUAUUGGUUCAAAAAACCCAAUAACAGUAGACGAUCUGGUAGCAAGAAGAACCCCAUUAGGAUUCAUCUCCCUUCUUGCGGAAUAUGAACACGCACGGCAAACAUUUGUUCCAGUUCUAGGAGGACCUUUGUUCAACGUAUCGUCUCCGUCGGAGAAGUCUGACGUCAUGCACGUGGUCUUUGUGGUGAUUGUCGGUGCGUUGCCAAGGGUGUUAGAGGUCGUUUUUAUCGAUGAAAGUGACAUUAUUAAAAGACAGGUGGAAGAAAGAAAGAUUGCAAAGUCCAUUGAACGAUAUUGGAAAUGUCAGACUAAUCACUCCAUGAAGAAAAACCACCCGUUCCUGCCAAUCCACGUGGUGAAGGAGGGUCGUAACUACGCCACGCUCGACAUCGCUCUGUCAGCUUAG